ACCCAGUUUUAGGGAAGCUGUGGAGUCCGCCCUGCGACUAUAAAGUCAGUUGUAUUGGCUCUGCGCAUUUUGCGUUGUCCUAUGGAUGCCCUUUAGAGUGAUCUCUCUUCCUCCGUCAUCUUCAAUCGGACUUCCACAAGGUCUCCAGAGUUUUAAAACAUGGCUGACCACUGUCGCCAUCCAUCCAUCGCCCAGACAGUUUUUGGGCAAUCUUACCUCUACUCAAGACUAUCCCCAAAGAUGCAAGCCCCAAACUGCGGCAGCAUCCAUCGCAUGGCCAUUGUUCAUGAUACAAAUCCAUUGCCAGCUGUAUAUGGCAAUACGACACUGCAAAACUCGUUCUUGGAGGCUUGCCGAGGUGGCCAGAGCCUAUCAAUGGCUGCCCCUAUCUCGCCUGUCUUGGUCCAAGCUCCCUCCGAGAAAGGUGCAAAAGGAUUCGUUAUUGAUUUCUUAAUGGGGGGAGUCUCUGCUGCUGUGUCCAAGACAGCUGCUGCUCCCAUUGAGCGUGUGAAGCUUUUGAUCCAAAACCAGGAUGAGAUGAUUAAGGCUGGUAGGCUCUCAGAGCCUUACAAGGGUAUCGGAGACUGCUUUGGCCGAACAAUCAAGGAAGAGGGUUUCCUUGCUCUGUGGAGAGGAAAUACUGCAAAUGUCAUCCGUUACUUCCCUACCCAGGCUUUGAACUUUGCCUUCAAGGAUUACUUCAAGAGACUCUUCAACUUUAAAAAAGACAGAGAUGGCUACUGGAAAUGGUUUGCGGGCAACUUGGCUUCUGGUGGAGCUGCCGGUGCCUCAUCACUCCUCUUUGUCUAUUCUUUGGAUUAUGCUCGUACCCGUUUGGCAAAUGAUGCUAAGGCUGCAAAGAAGGGUGGGGAGAGGCAAUUCAAUGGCCUGGUCGAUGUAUACAAGAAGACCCUCAAAUCAGAUGGUGUUGCUGGUCUCUACCGUGGUUUCAACAUCUCAUGUGUUGGUAUCAUUGUGUACCGAGGUCUCUACUUUGGGAUGUAUGAUUCUCUCAAGCCUGUCGUACUUACUGGGAAUUUGCAGGACAGUUUCUUGGCAAGUUUCCUUUUGGGUUGGGGUAUCACAAUCGGUGCUGGGCUCGCAUCCUACCCUAUUGACACAGUCCGUAGAAGGAUGAUGAUGACCUCUGGUGAAGCAGUCAAGUACAAGAGCUCUUUGGAUUGCUUUAAUCAGAUUUUAAAGAAUGAGGGUGCCAAGUCGCUCUUCAAGGGUGCCGGUGCCAACAUCCUCCGUGCUGUGGCAGGUGCUGGUGUGCUAGCAGGUUACGACAAGCUGCAGGUGGUUGUUCUUGGCAAGAAGUACGGAUCUGGAGGUGGGGGCUAAUUAGUCUUUUGCACCAGCUACCCCGUUCUCGUGAUGGUGAUGAAAAGGCAUACAGUAACUUUUUUAGAUCGAUUCUGUGCUUUGUUUUUUCUUUACAUGCACUAUUCGCCUACCAUUGAUUGGAGAGGUGUAAUUUUGGUUGCUUUUCCCCUUUUUUUCCUCUGAAUAAUUUUGAGCGGCAGCCUUUUCUGUGUGUCUUUUUUUUUCCAAAUUCAGGAGGGAAACUCUGCGGUGAUAACAAUUGAUUGAAAUAAUUCUAUGGCAUGUGCUUGAUUCUCAUGCCCCAUCUUGAUGCACAA